CAUCCUCCCUGGUCACACAUGGCCUCUUCAGGUGCCCCACUGGUUGUCUUCCUCUUCUUAUUGGGCCUAGUAUAAAACUUGGUCCAACAUGUCUCCACCUGACUCUCCCUAACUUUGUCUCCAAAUCUUUCUGGAAGAGUUGUUUCUCAUUUCUAAUUGUUGCUCAUUUUCACUCCCAGCUAAAAGCUGUGCAUCUUCAUCUCUAACUUGGCAUCUGCUCAUCAGUCUUGCUCCAUUCCUCAUCCUCAGAUACAGAUACUGAGGGGGGUGUUUGGCACCGCCCUCCACGGCGCAGGCAGACAGGUUAGUUCUGUGCUGAUUUCCUUAAACCACACAGCGACAGGAGGUGAGUGAGCUUGCUAUGCGUUCUACAAAUAUGUCGUUCUAUGACCUUAGAUAGGCCAGAACAUCAGCUUUCAGAUUCUCUGUUAAAAGUAGUUGACAUCAUAUGUCUUAAAAAACAAGCUGUGUUUCAGGGUUUAUAUGUCGACGUCCUAAUGAUGGUUUUUAGUCUCUUGCUUGUUUAUAUUUUAAAUAUUUAUUUUAUAUACAAUUAAUAUUUGGGGGUAUCAUAAGGGUAUCACAUGACAAUAAUGAAUUGUCAUCGAGGAUGGUGGAGCAGAGCGGCUCGGUCAAGGGAGUGCUGGACUGUCCUGAAUCACAAGGGACGUCAUUUUGGUACGAGGUCCGAUACGGAACCCUUCCCGAAUGGUUCCACUGGGGAAUUUCAAGGAAGUCCUCAGAGGAUCUGCUGAUGAAGAAGCCUCUCGGCCACUUCCUCCUCCGGGUCAGCGAGAGCCGGAAUGGCUACACUCUCUCAUAUAGAGGCCGAGACCGCUGCAAACACUUCAUGAUCGAGCUGUCAGCAGACGGUCAGUACUUCAUCUCGGGAGAGAACCUCCGUCACAGGAGUCUGCGGGACCUGGUGGACUUUCACCGUGUGACCCCCAUCUCAAUGCAUGGAGACUUGCUGACCGUCGCCUGCAGCCGGAGCCAAGCUCAGAGAAGUCCUCCAGCAGCUGUUCUGUUUCUUGAAACAGGACCCUGUUUGAGCUUUCUGACACCCCAAAACAAUCUUCCCUCAUCACCCAGAGGAACACUGAACACGCCCCAGGCCAACACUGAACCAGUGCCACCAGUGGUCCCGCCGGUGCCAAUGAUGAGGAAGAGGCACUUACCUCAAGCGCAUCCCCUCACACAACGUUCCUUUGCAUCGACUCCUGCUUUCCCAGUUAAUGCGACCAGAACAUCCAACCACUCUGCCAGCUGGUCCGCAUCCAGAUCCUCAUCCGAUCUCUACUACGCACAGAUGGAUCCCGUGCCCAGCAACAUGAGACUGUCAGAGGGAGGAAAUGCAGACACCGAGUACCUGGAGCGCCACUUCCAAUCUUUAGACACUAAGAGUAUGAGUAGUACUUUGCCCCAGGAGUACUCGACACCCCCACCUUUCUCUCCUGAUCAUAAAGAGCAGUAGUUACUUGAACAUGUACAGGAGGACUGCUUCAUAUUUGACAGUUCGGUGACUGUACGGCUGAAAAUAGGACUUUGUCAGCUCAGCAUUUUGAUUUGUAUCUGAACGUAUGAUGGAAGAUCAGUGAGUGAGCGAUGAGGACUCUAGUACAGAUCAUUAUUAUACAAAGGUGAGUGAAAAAAGAAAACAUGUCGAUUUAUGUUGAGAUUUAUGAGACAACAUUGAAAAGACAAAUCAGACAAUCACUGAAGCGACUGGACUGAUGUUUUCGCACCAUGUGCAGUGGAGAGAGGCAGAUCACUGAAUGGCAGUUGAACAGGUGCCGUCAGUUCCCCGUGCUCCGUCUGGGCCUUGUUAGUAGUAUCAUGAUGAAGUAGACGCGCCACGAUGUUCUAAUCUGGUAUUAAUGAUUUAUCGAUUUAUCGAAAUACUGAGAAGUGGAGUUUUAUUACAUGAAAAAAAGUCAUGUAAUAAACUCCACUGAUGACUGCUACUGUUUUGUGAAGAGUUUUAAUGUGCUGCACCAAUAAACUGGGUCACUGGAUCACAGCGGCUUCACUGUGGAACACAAGAAACACCAAGUUACUUCAGAUAUCACACUUGUGACAAAUGUUAUUGUGCUACCAUUAGAGGAACAGUUCAGUCUGCGAGCAAAACAGAAAUAAACGUCUGCCGAAGACAAACCAGUUUCACACUGUACAUUCGUGUGUGACAGGUGACAAUGUUGGUGUCGCAAACAAACUUGUUUGACAGUUCACUAUUGUGUCUCUCGCACAGGUCUACAUCAAUUCCCUCCAAUCUCAAGCUAUUUUUGAAAAUCUAUUCUCAUUUAAUGGGUUGAUUCAUGAUACAUACAUUUGUCAGUUCUGAGAGGAUAUCUAUUAUUCAGAAAACAAAAAGGUGCAUCCACCCUCUGCCUUUAAUCUGAGGCCAAGAGACUUCCCCUUCAACCUUCCACAACUUUGUCAUGGAAAAACUACUGUAAGGCUCGCU